CUCAGUUUACCCCUCGAUGGCAUCAAGGCUCGGGCUGAGGCCGUCGCCGCACCGCGCGAUCUUCGCCCGCGCGCCUCCGUCGGCCCUCCGCCCGGCCACGCUGGCCGCUGGUCGGCUCGCCUGCGCGUCGCGACGUCUCGUCUCCACCGCCGCCGCCGCGCCCGCCGCCGCCGCGCCGGACGACGGCUGGAGGACGAGGCAGGGCCUCAGCCGGUACGCGGACCGGCGCGACAUCGAGUUUGUCCUGCACGAGGUGGAGCGCGUGGAGGCGGAGGCGGAGGAGGUGCGAGGCGUGCUCGACUCGGUGGAGGACUUUGUCGAGGAGUGGGGACCCGUCGAUCCCGCUCUCGACCAGAGCCCGCCCAAGCUCAUCACGGCGGAGGACGGCUCGACGGCGGUGGAGGUGCACCCGGAGACCAAGCGGCUGCUCGCCGACUACCACGCCCGCGGCUUUGCCGAGAUGGAGGAGCUCGGCCUGCCCUUCAGCGUCCAGUGCGCAGCGCAGUUUCUCUUUGGCGGCGCCUUCCCUUCAAACCCGCUCGGCUUCACCGUCCUCACGCGCUGCGCGGCGGACCUGCUCGAGGCGCACGGCUCCGAAUCGCUCAAGGGCGAGUACCUGUCCGACAUGCGCGCCGGGAAGGUGGUCGGCACGAUGGCGCUGUCCGAGCCCCACGCCGGGUCGUCGCUGGGCAACAUCCGCACGACCGCCGUCCGGGCGGGAGACGGCCCGCUCGGCCAAGAGUACCGCCUCAAGGGCGACAAGAUGUGGACGAGUGCCGCCUUCCACGACGUUACCCCCAACACAGCCCACAUGCUGCUCGCUCGCAUCGCCGGGCCGGACACGCCUCCUGGGGCGAGAGGCAUCUCCCUCUUCCUCGUCCCGCACCUCCUCCCAGACGGCAGCCCGAACGACGUCGAGGUGGUCGGCCUCAACAAGAAGAUGGGCCACCGCGCCCUGCCGAACUGCGCCUGGUCGCUCGGCGGCGGCGCCGGCGGCGCGACUGGCUACCUUGUGGGCGAGCCGCACCAGGGGCUGAGCGCGAUGUUUCAGAUGAUGAAUGCGAUGCGGAUCGAGGUUGGGCUCUGGGCGGCAGCGCUCGGCAAGCGCGGGCUCAACGAGUCGCUGCUCUACGCCGAGGGGCGCGAGCAGGGCGGCAAGCGGAUCAUCGAGCACGACGACGUCAAGCGGAUGCUGCUGCAGCAAAAGGCGUACGCAGAGGGCGCAUUCGCGCUGACCAUCCACGCCGCGACGCUGCACGACCGGAACGCGGCGGGCGACGCCGAGGCGGGCGCCAUGCUCGACUCGAUCAUCGAGGUUGUCAAGUCGUGGCCGUCGGAAUGGUGCCUCGAGGCGAACAAGUGGGCCAUCCAAGUCCUCGGCGGGUCCGGGUACGUGCACGACUACCCGGUGGAGCAGCUCUACCGCGACAAUCGGCUCAACAUGAUCCAUGAAGGCACCGCCGGCGUGCACGCCAACACCCUCCUCGGCCGCAAGCUGCGCGACGGCCGCGCGGCGCCCCUCUUCGCCCAGAUGCGCGCCUCCGCCGCCGCCGCCGACGAGGAGGCGGCCGCCCUGCCGCCGGACAGCCGCGCGGAGAGCGCGCUGCUCCGCGAGCUCGCUGGCUCGCUGCGGGAGGCGGUGGCGAGGGCGGAGAGCGUGACCGAGGUGCUGACGAGCGACGAGGCGCGGCCGGUGGCCCUCGUGAAUGCGCACGAGUACCUCAACCUCGUGGGCCACACCGUGGUGGGGUGGAUGUGGCUCCGGCUCGCCACCGCCGCAGCGCGGCCCGCCGCCGCCGCCGAUGGCGCCGACGGGUUCUACUGCGGCAAGCUCCACACCGCCGCCUACUACUUCCGGCACGAGCUCCCAAAGACGGAGCCGGUGGCGGCGACGCUCCUCUCGCUCGACACCACCGUGCGGGAGAUGCGGGCCGACUGGUUUUAGAGGCGCAAAGGGCGCGGGGCUGGCUGCUGCCGACGGCGGGCGCUCGUUCCCGACCUCCAUUGGUCGUCACCCGCGCUUCGAGAUGCGCGUCCGACCCCGCCCCAAAGCCUCUAGCCCCAACAGCCAACCCGCCCCGUCCCGUCCUCCCGUGUACAGUUUGUGCGUGCAUAACGAGAUCGGCCGCCUUGUCGAGGGUUUGUGAUUGUGUUUUAUUGGAGACGGGGGCGUCUUGUUGAUGUUGUGGGGACGCGCCGCUGAGGUGUGAGGAUCGCUUGAUUUUUUUCAUUUUUUUCAUUGUCAGUGCCAAUG